UAAAUCCGGAGAGAAACCCUCUCUGAGGUGUUAGUGUCCUGCGUGACAGAGGUGAGGACGCAGCGAUGGAGAGUCUCUCCGUGUUUUUCUCCGCUGCUUUGGUGUGUGUGGUGAGUGCUGGGAUCCCUCAUGAUGGAAUACACUGGACAUACACAGAGGGAGCUUUGGACCAGAUGCACUGGCCGACCAAGUAUCCUGCGUGUGGAGGAAAGAAACAGUCUCCGAUUGACAUCCAGCGGCGCAAGGUGACACACAAUCCAGACAUUCUGCAGCUGGAGCUGAGCGGGUACGAUACUCAGAUGGGGAACUUCCUCAUGUCCAACAACGGCCACACAGUUCAAAUCGACCUGCCUCCCAGCAUGAUGAUCACCAAGGGCCUCCCAGGGAAGUACACAGCUGUCCAGAUGCACCUUCACUGGGGCGGCUGGGACCUGGAGGCCAGCGCCGAGCACACCAUAGACGGCAUCCGCUACAUGGCAGAGCUCCACGUCGUCCAUUACAACUCUGAUAAGUACAAGAGCUUCACUGAGGCCAGAGAUAAGUUGGACGGACUGGCUGUGCUCGCAUUUUUCUAUGAUGACGGCCAUUUUGAGAACACCUACUACAGUGAUUUUAUCUCAAAUCUGGACAAAAUCAAGUAUGCGGGUCAGUCCAUGAACAUAUCCAGCAUCAACGUGCGCUCUAUGUUGCCCGAGAACCUCAACCAUUUCUUCCGGUACCAGGGCUCCCUGACCACUCCGCCCUGCUACGAGAGCAUCCUGUGGACCGUGUUUGAUACGCCCAUCACUCUGUCACAUAACCAGAUCAGGAAACUGGAGAGCACUCUGAUGGACAUGGACAACAAGACGCUGUGGAACGACUAUCGCAUCGCUCAACCUCUCAAUGACCGUGUGGUGGAGUCGUCCUUCCUGCCACGCCUCGGGAAAGGAACAUUUUGCCGGCAAGAUGAAAUAGAAUCCAAGCUCCUGAAGAUCGAGGGUCUGAUAACGUCUCUGGGAAAGAACAUCCAUUCAGGUGGACUUCGCAACUCAAGGCCGACCAGAUACGAACCUCGCGCUCUGUUUCCCCUGGUGCUCAACUUCGAGGAGAAAAACGCUGGUGGCUACGCCUUGGCUCGCCUCAGCCAUCCCAUGGACCUGAACUCCUUCACCGUCUGCAUGCACGUCCUGCCUCAGGUGGAGGGCGUCCACACCGUCAUCUCCUACUCCAGCAACGGCAACGACAACGAGCUGAUGAUCUCCAUCGGCGAGGACCGAGAUGCGAGAGAAGUGGGGCUCUGGAUCGGCAACGAGUUCGUCAACCUGCCGCACAACUUCAAGGCCCAUGACUGGGCCAACUACUGCAUCACCUGGUCGUCCCACACCGGCGGCGCGGAGCUCUGGAUCAAUGGCAUGGUAGGGGAGCAGCGGUACCUGAAGAGCGGUUACAACAUCAGCCCCGGUGGUGUGUUUAUUCUGGGCAAAGACCAGGACGGAUUACUGGGGAUCUCCAACGCAGACGCUUUCGUGGGCAAGAUGACGGACGUGAACGUGUGGGACUAUGUGCUGACCACAGCAGAUAUCCGGGACCAGAUGUCAUGUCAGAGUAACAGCACUGCGGUGGGGAACGUGUUCAGCUGGGGAAGCACCAAACUCAGCCUGUUUGGAGGGGUGCAGCUGGACAGUCAGUACAGAUGCUCCUGAGGUGGUUCCAUAGCUUCGUGUCUCUGUAUGAGCUUUAAAAUGCUGCAAUAAACCAAAAAUACCACUGCUGAUGGUGGGGUUUUGAAAUGUUUGUCAUGUGCAAUGAAGAAUAAAAUGUCUUUCAGGCACCUUAAAGUUGAUAUUUAAUGCAAAAUGUAUGUCACAGCUUCAGUCAUGUAUCGUAUUGGUAUCUCUGCCUCGUCAAUAAAGGCUUACGGUAGA